CGUUUAGCAAAUAUCAGCGUGGGGCUAAGGUUAACAGCUCUCUCUUACAGCCAUCUUGGAUCCUGAGUCCUGACCCACCAAGAAUGCCAGGCGAAGCCACAGAAACAGUCCCAGUGACAGAGCAGGAGAUGCAGCAGCCUCAAGUGGAGACGGGGUCCGGCACUGAAUCUGACAGUGAUGAGUCAGUACCUGAGCUGGAGGAGGCAGACAAUGCACAGGCCCAGACACAGCAGGCUCAGCUUGCUGCCGCAGCAGAAAUCGAUGAGGAACCUGUCAGCAAAGCCAAACAGAGCAGAAGCGAAAAGAAAGCAAGAAAGGCAAUGUCCAAAUUGGGUCUUCGGCAGGUUACAGGUGUUACCAGGGUAACCAUUCGCAAGUCCAAGAACAUUCUGUUUGUCAUCACCAAACCCGAUGUCUACAAAAGUCCCGCUUCAGAUACCUACAUCGUCUUUGGUGAGGCCAAGAUUGAGGAUCUGUCUCAGCAAGCCCAGCUAGCUGCUGCAGAAAAGUUCAAGGUACAAGGAGAGGCGGUUUCAAACAUCCAGGAGAACACGCAGACGCCCACCGUUCAGGAGGAGAGCGAAGAGGAAGAGGUUGACGAGACCGGAGUCGAGGUCAAGGACAUCGAGCUUGUGAUGUCACAGGCCAACGUGUCGCGGGCGAAGGCUGUACGCGCCCUGAAAAACAACAAUAACGACAUUGUCAACGCCAUUAUGGAAUUGACAAUGUAGGUGGUGAUCAGAGCCGGGGUUGAAAUGAGAUGUUGCUGAUAUAAUCUACACUAUUGUUUGUACAAUUUAUACCCGAGAGAAAUAAAAUUGUGGCUUGAUGGAA